GCAGUCCGCGUCCCCCAAGCGCACGUCAGACUUCCCCUCCGCCGAGGAACCCCCCGCCAAAAUGCACAAGGUCGACCAAGGCUCAGCAGGUUCGUCCCGCCAGCCCUUCCGUGGAGGAGGCCGCGGUGCCGGCUCUUCGCUCUUGGCCAGAGCGCACAAGAACAACGCCUCCAACGCCAACGCCAGUAGUCGCGGAGGCCGAAGGAAGGGCAAGAACACGCCCAAUCUUCCUCCUCUCUCUGGACCUCUCCACGAUGAAGACUACAUCACGAAGACGUACAGGACGAAACCCCUGAAAAAGAUACACGAGACCAACCCGAAAUCCCCGCUCAACAACUUCAUCAUGAACAACUCCGGAGGCCAGAUGGAGUUCGUGGCCACCCAUGGUGUUGUCGAAGGAGUUGAUCAAGCUGUAUGGAGAUCUACUAUUACCGUCAAGCUCGAUGACGGUGAAAUUGUCGGUACUGGCGACAACUCUAACAGGAAAGUUGCAGAUAACCUUGCAGCUCUCUCCGCCCUGUACCAGCUGGACAGCAUUGGCGUUUUCGAGAAAAAGAAGGAGAAGCAGCCCGAAAAGGCGGGCCCCACCGCUCUCGAAACGACGCUCUCUGACGGUUCUGUCGUCGACUACGAGAAAGCGCGUCAUUUCAUGGACUACUACUGUCGUCGCUUCCGCUUUUCGAAGCCGGACAUCGUAUAUGCGCAGCCUACACGCUCCUACUGGCAGGCUGAUAUGAUUGUAGGCGACCGGCGUAUCGGCUUCGGCAAGGGUGCGUCGAAGAAGGAGUCGAUGAUGAAGUGCUACACCGAUGUCGUCCAGUACCUGGAGAGUUGCGACAAGGACAUCUGGCAGGAGUUCGUGAAGGACGUCAAGGAGGGCAAGGACCUGGGAAUGGCUCCUUCGGUUCUCUUCCAGGCCGAUGAAGUCCUCGAAGACAGGAUUGGCAAUCUCAAGGACGACAUCAAGCGGAGCACGCUCUACAAGAACAGACCCAAUCGCACAAAUCCCGACGACGGAGAGUCGACUCAAGGACAACAGGCGGGUGGCUAUCGGCGACCGCCGCCGUCAGCGAUGUUCCUGGCGGAGAAGUCUCAGACGCUCUCCAACCGUAGGCAGGCGUACUUGACGAACCCUCAGCUGGAGGCUAUCCGGAACACCCGUGCCACUCUGCCUGUCUUCACCAAAUCCGAGGAGCUGCUGAAGCACAUCAACGAAAACGAUGUCACAAUCUGCAUGGCAGCGACCGGUUCCGGCAAGACCACGCAGAUCCCUCAGCUCAUCUUGGACGAAUACAUCGACAGAGGCGAGGGCGCGAAGUGCAACAUCAUAUGUACUCAGCCCCGUCGUAUCGCUGCAAUCAGUGUAGCGGAACGUGUCGCGAAGGAGCGCGGAGAGACUUGCGGACGCGGCUCCGUUGGUUACCAGGUCCGAUUCGAGUCGAAGACUCCCGAACCUAACGGCUGCGUCACCUACUGCACCACCGGUGUCUUCUUGCGCAAGAUGCAGAGCGCGCUGCUCGACUCCUCUUCGCGCAGCAGCAUGGACGACAUCACCCACGUCAUCGUCGAUGAGGUGCACGAGCGCGAUGUCGACAUCGAUCUGAUGCUCGUCGUUUUGAAGCGACUCCUCGCGGAGCGGAGAGCGCAGAAGAAGCCAAUCAAGAUCGUGCUCAUGAGCGCGACCAUUGACUCUACUCUCUUCCGGACGUACUUCCCCGACGAGCACGGCAAGCCCGCCGGCGUCGUCGAGAUCCCCGGACGCGCGUUUCCUGUCCAGAAGAACUUCCUCGAUGACUUCGUGCCGGAGCUGUCGAAGAUCGCUCAGACGUCGUGGGUCUUUAGGGAAGAAUCCGUGCGGAAGUAUUUGACACAGGAGCUCGGCCCCGAUGCCCCCGGAGUCUCGACUCUGGGUUUCAACAAUUCCCGCUCGUCUACCCCGACCAUCAGGGAGCACUCUCGCGACACAGACGAUCUCGACCUGCCCGUGCCCCUCGUUGCCCUCACGAUUGCCCAUGUCCUCAGGAAGUCAGAGGACGGCCACGUGCUGGUGUUCUUGCCCGGCUGGGACGACAUCAGUGCCGUCCGUCGUGUCCUCACCGACAACUCGAAACCACUUGGGUUCGACUUCAACGACACCAGCCGAUUCAGCAUCCAUCUCCUCCACUCCACCAUCCCCGUUGCCGAGCAGCAGGCCAUCUUCGAACCUCCCCCCAAGGGCAUCCGCCGUGUCAUCCUUUCCACGAACAUCGCCGAGACUUCCGUCACUAUUCCUGACGUCGUGUACGUCGUUGACACCGCGCGCGUCAAGGAGCAGCGGUACGACCCCGCGCGCCACAUCUCCAAUCUCGUCUCCGCGUGGGUCGGUUCUUCGAACCUCAAUCAGCGUGCGGGUCGUGCAGGUCGUCACCGUCCUGGAGAGUACUACGGUAUCCUCAGUCACAGGCAUGCAGAGGAGUUGCACCCUCACCAGACGGUCGAGAUGAAGCGUGUUGACCUCGAGAACGUCGUCAUGCACGUCAAGGCGCUCAACUUCCCCGGUAUGACCAUCCAGGGAGUCCUCGCCGCGACCAUCGAGCCCCCCGCACCUGACCGCAUCGAGGCUGCCAUCCAGUCCCUGCACAUGGUCGGUGCACUCGACGACAACAACAACCUCACUUCCCUCGGCAACGUCCUGCUCCAGCUCCCUGUCGACGUCCGCCUCGGACGUCUUGUCCUGUUCGGCGCCUUCUUCCGCUGCCUGGACGCCGCUCUCACUCUCGCGGCGAUCAUGGGCUCGCGCGAGCCGUUCGUUGCGCCGAUGCACGUCAAGGCCGAGGCGCAGGCGCGGAAGAACUUCUGGACCCCCGAGGAGUUCCGCUCGGACACGCUCGCCGCGCUGCGGGCGUACCGCGAGUGGUGGGCGCUGCAGAGCCAGGGGCACUACGUGACCGCGAAUCGGUUCUGCCAGGAUAACUUCCUGUCGAAGCCGACGCUGCUGAACAUCCAGAAGGUCAAGGAUCAUCUGUUGAAGGCGCUGUACGACGUUGGCGUUGUCGAUAUCUCCGCCGGUGGCGCAAACAAGAUGGCGUAUGUUCCGCCUGGGGCGCGUUCGCGCGAGGCGCUGUCCGUGCCUCCCUCGCUCAAUGAGCACAACGAGUCGCUGCCGCUGCUCGCGGCUCUCAUCGCGAUCGCGUGCCAGCCCAAGUUCGCUAUCCGCACGGGAGAGAGGACCUACAGAACUGCGGUCGACAAGACCGUCAUCGUCCACCCUUCGAGCGUCAACCAUCGCAAGAAGCAGAUGAACGACAGGAGCGACCACCCUCACGUCGAGAAGCAGAUCGUUGCCUUCAUGGAGAAGCGCCAGAACAUCUCGAAUGGUCAAAACGCGGACAAGUACUUGGUCGCCACGACCCGUCUGGACCCGCUGACCUACGUCCUCUUUGGUGCAUACCGCAUCUCGGUGGGCGCCCGUGGGCUAGAGUGCGACAGCUGGCUGCCGGUCAUCGGGCGCAUGGACGUGCUGGACGACCUGGAGCGGCUGAAGGUGAUGAUGGAGGACUGCAUGCUGCGUGUCUUCCAGGGGAUCAUCGCGAGCCGGCAGCGCAAGGCGCAGCAGUUCCGGAAGCCGCUCACGUACGACGGCGGGCGCGAGGACGAGUCGGGCGACGAGGAGGACGCGGACCUGACGCGCGUGCCGCUGUCGGACACGGAGAUGAAGGAGCUCGACCUGAUGACGAUGGACGUCGUGCGCAUCCUGAACCACUACAGCACGUUCCGCGUCGCGAUGGCGUCGCAGAACAACUCGCGGCCGGGCACGCCGAUGGACUCGCCGUCACUCGCGUCCGUGCGGCUCCCGCCGUACGGCGGCUCGCGCUCGGGCUACUCGACGCCGUACGGGAUGAACUCGACGUACUCGUCGCGGCCGGGCACGCCCAGCCGGCUGUCGAGGCAGGGGUGGGAUUAGGUGGUGGGAUUAGAUGGGGUUUCGAAGUGUGGGCGCAUUGAGCCGCCGCUAGAAAGUGUCUUGUCAGUGUAACGAACUAUAAUCUCUACUCGCAGCCACAAAUUGUGUAAUGGAAUUCGCCUCUCCCUCUCACAGCGACUCGAGUCGAGUCCCUCUAGUGAGAGCUGAGCGAAA